AUGGCUGCUGCAAACUGUCUGCCAUCUGAAGAUCAGUUUCUGUGCUCCAUCUGUCUGGAUGUGUUCACUGAUCCUGUCACCACAUCAUGUGGUCACAACUUCUGCAAAAACUGCAUCACUGAACACUGGAAUACUAAUGACCAGUACCUGUGUCCGAUGUGUAACAAGGUUUUCGACACAAAACCUGAGCUGGAGGUCAACACCUCGCUUUCUGAGAUGGUUGCUCAGUUCAGACAGUCAGCUCAACAGAAAGCCAGCAGCAGCAGCUCAGAGCAACAAGUGUCCAAACCAGGAGAAGUUCCCUGUGACGUCUGCACUGGAACCAAACUGAAGGCCCUGAAGUCCUGCCUGGUGUGUCUGGUCUCCUACUGUGAGACUCACCUGGAGCCUCAUCUGACCACGUCAGGCCUGAAAAGACAUCAGCUGAUCGACCCUGUGGAGAACCUGGAAGGCAGGAUGUGUACGAAGCACGAUAAACCUCUGGAGCUGUUCUGUAAGACCGACCAGACAUGUGUCUGCAUGCUCUGCUCUGUUUUAGACCACAACAUGCAUGAUGUUGUUCCUCUGAAAGAAGAAUAUGAAGGAAAGAAGGUAGAGCUGGGGAAGACAGAGGCUGAAAUUCAGCAGAUGAUCCAGAAGAGACGACUGAAGGUUCAGGAGAUCAAACACUCAGUCGACCUCAGUGAGGAAGAUGCAGACAGAGAGAUAGCAGAAGGUGUUCAGGUCUUCACUUCUCUGAAGGAGUCUGUUGAGAGAGGCCUGAAUGAGCUCAUCAACACCAUCAAAGAGAAGCAGAAAACAACAGAAAAACAGGCCGAAGCUUUCAUCAAAGAGCUGAAACAGGAAAUCUCUGAGCUGAUGAAGAGAAGCACUGAGGUGGAGCAGCUCUCACGCUCUGAAGACCACCUCCAUCUUCUCCAGAGUGUCCAGUCCCUAAACAUCCAACAACCUCCACCCACCAAGGACUGGACAGAGGUCAGCAUCCGUCCAUCAUCAUAUGAGGGGACUGUGGAGAAAGCUGUGGUUCAGCUGGAGGAGACACUCAGUAAAGAGAUGAAGAAGCUGCUCCCUGAGUCUGAGCUGAAGAGGGUCCAGCAGUAUGCAGUGGAUGUGACUCUUGAUCCUGAUACAGCAUCUCAUCAACUCAUCCUGUCUGAUGAUGGGAAACAAGUGAAUCAUGGUGAUGUGGAUCCUGGUAAGGAUGAGAAGGGUCUAUCAGGUAACAAAGAGAGAUUUUCUCUCAUUGAAUGUGUUUUAGGAAAGCAGAGUUUCUCUUCAGGCAGAUUUUACUUUGAGGUUCAAGUUAAAGGAAAGACUGAAUGGGAUUUAGGAGUGGCCAGAGAGUCGAUCAACAGGAAUGAAUUAAUCACACUGAGCCCUGAGGAUGGUUACUGGACUAUAUUGUUGAGAAAUGGAAAUGAGUACUACGCUGCUGCUAAACCUUCAGUCCUUCUCUCUCUGAAGUCUCCUCCUCAGAAGGUGGGGGUGUUUGUGGAUUAUGAGGAGGGUCUGGUCUCCUUUUAUGACGUAGAUGCUGCAGCUCUUAUCUACUCCUUUACUGGCUGCUCCUUCACUGAGAAACUCUUCCCAUUCUUCUGUCCCGACUGUAAUGAUGGUGGUAGAAACUCUGCCCCUCUGAUCAUCUCUCCUGUCAGAGUAAACUAA